AGUAAUGGUAAACAUAACAAAUAUUGUUAAUUGUUGCUAAAGCACUUCUAGUUCACUAACAGUCAUCAUGGAAGGAAACCUACUGUCCUCGCCUGGUCUGACUAAUAUAUGACUCCGUAUCCACAGCAAUGAUUUUAACUGCCACUCUGAAAUGGUUGAAUAAGUCACUCAUUUCAAGGACAGAGUGAUGGGCAAUAAUGGCAGUCUGCCAUUGAUGCCCACAUCUCCUGGAAGAAUAACGGAAAAUAAUGUAAUCAUGAUGAAACUUAUAGCUUCUUGCUAAUAUUUGUAAAAUGUCCAUUGACAUGAUAUCAUGAACAUUUCGAUUCACUUCCUCAACAGGAUCUGGAUAUCACUUAUUUUGGACAAUGGAAUGUCCUGGAUGGAAAUGCAGAUAAAAAAAUUGCAUAUAUUGUUAGCAUCAUCAUCAGCAUAUCUUACCCUGUAACACAGGGAGCUAAUAUAUUGGUUGUACCUGCUGAGGGAAGUCACUGGGUUAAUAUGAGAAUUCUAAUGGAGGAACUGAAACUUCAUGGGCACAACAAUACUGUGUUUUAUUUCUCAACAUUUCGGUAUGCUGAAGAGAUGCCUGACUUAUAUCAAUCGAUUGUCAUUCAGCUGCAAGGAGAUGUUGGGAAAACUACAAGUCAAGCGAUUUCGCAAGAUUUUAUACAAAAAUCUAUGAAUGUUUUACAGAAUGGUUCCAAACCGUUGAGUUUCAUCAAGCACCAAUAUAAACUAAUGACAACAGUCCACAUUGCUCAUACUUACCUUCAAAGUCUUAUCCAUGCUGUUUUUCAGAACAGGAGUUUGUUAAAUGAACUUGGAAAUGCGCACUUUGACAUGAUAAUUGCUGAUCCUGUUUUCCCUGUCGGUCCAAUGCUUGCUUAUUAUUUGAAGCUGCCUUUGGUGUAUAAUGUUGGUUGGCUCACUAGUGGAGAAGCUGAUUUUCUAUCUGCCCCAUCACCACUGUCCUAUGUCCCAGUCCUUGGUUCAAAAUUGGCAGAUAAAAUGAGUUUCCUCCAAAGAACUAAAAAUUUCAUAUUGUAUUUUCUUCAAACUUCUGUUACAGGUUUUAUUUUUCAUCCAAUGUACAAUGAACUCUGCCAUCACUAUCUGGGCCCAGACACAGACAUUGAGACUGUUCUCCUAAGGGCAGAUGUGUGGCUGAUGAGAGUAGACUUUACAUUUGAAUUCCCGAGACCCACCAUGCCCAAUAUUGUUUAUAUUGGAGGAUUCCAGUGUAAACCACCCAAACCUCUAGAGGCAGAGUUUGAAGAGUUUGUGCAGUCCUCAGGGGAACAUGGGGUUAUUGUCAUGUCAAUGGGGACUAUUGUCAAUUCUUUGCCAAUGCAUAUUACAAUGCAAAUAGCAGAGGCCUUUGCUCAAUUACCUCAGAAGGUUAUCUAGAGACACAAUGGAGAGACCCCUCCCAACACUGGAAAUAAUACACUACUGGCAAAAUGGAUCCCUCAGAGUGAUCUACUUGGACACCCUAAGACAAGAGCCUUCGUUGCCCAUGGUGGCACCAAUGGGCUUUAUGAAGCCAUCUAUAAUGGAAUGCCAGUAGUUGGCAUACCUUUAUUUUAUGACCAGUUUGAUAAUUUACUCAGACUUGAAGUCCGAGGUGCAGCAAAAGUGAUAAACAUUGCAACCAUGCAGUCAACAGAUCUAUUGCAGGCACUUAAUGAGGUUAUAUAUGACACAUCUUAUCGGGAGAACAUGCAGAAACUCUCUGCUCUCCACAGAGACCAACCCGAGUCUCCAAUGGAUAGAGCUAUUUUCUGGGUUGAGUAUGUUGCCCGACACAAAGGGGCACCACAUUUGCGCCCAGAAUCUUACCGACUCCCCUGGUACGUUUACUAUUGUGUAGAUGUGAUGAUCUUCCUGGUGUCUUUGUUCUUCAUGGGUACAGUGGUGACAGUCCUACUACUGAGAAACCUUUGUUACAUCUCUCGGAAGGAGAAGCAAAAAACCCAGUAAGAUUAAUGUGGUUGAAUUGAAAAAGAUGCUUCGAUAAUUUUCAAUUUAUCAAUGGUCAUUUCAUCCAGUAUCUAAUUCAUUCCAUCCAGUUGGCAUUAAUUUGAAUUAAUGCUUUGAGGAAAGUAUCACAGGAGUGACAUGCCAGUUAAUACUAGACCUCGUGAAUAGAUGCAGACAUGGACAUGGUGUACUUAAAUUUUAAAGAAACAGUGCUUUGUCCAAAACAAAUCAUCAUAUUAGUUCACGCGCGAUCAUGAAUUUAAAAUAAAGACACAUGACAACAAGUUAUAGUCAAACAGAUUUAUUUGAAAUCACAAACUUUCAGAGUUCUGCUGCUUCAUCAGAUGAAGGAGCAGCACUUUAUAAGCUUGUGAUUUUAAAUAAACCUGU